GCACCCGCCCAGCCGCGUCCCACCGCCGUCUGGCCGCACACGGGCCGCGCUCCGCCACCGCUGCUCCGCCACUCCCGCGGCCGCCGCCAAUGACACUCCUGUCGCUCGUAGUGGGUUUCUCCACUUUGUUGAAUUGUUUCUACGCUCAAAAUUGCACCAAGGCACCUUGUCUCCCAAAUGCAAAAUGUGAAAUUCGUAAUGGAAAGGAAGGCUGCUACUGCAACAUGGGAUUUUCAGGAAAUGGUGUCACAGUUUGCGAAGAUGAUAAUGAAUGUGGGAAUUUAACCCAGUCCUGCGGUGAAAAUGCUAAUUGCACGAAUACAGAGGGAAGUUACUAUUGUAUGUGUACCCCUGGUUUCAGAUCCAGCAGUAACCAGCACAGGUUCAUCACGAACGAUGGAACCAUCUGCAUAGAUAUAGACGAGUGCAGUGAAUCUGCUGUCUGUGGUGAUCAUGCGGUUUGUGAAAAUGUGAACGGUGGGUACAACUGUUCUUGCAAGGAAGGUUAUCACACAUCCACGGGAAGACCCCAGUUCACAGCUAAGGAUGGCACUUAUUGCCAAGAAGAUAUGAAUUCAAACUGCCAUUUAGAUAAUGCCUGUAUUGCUGCAAAUAUUAAUAAAACUUUAUCAAAAAUUAGGCCCAUAAAAGAACCUGUGGCUUUGCUACAAGAAGUCUAUAGAAAUUCUGCGACAGAUCUUUCACCGAUGGAUAUCAUUACAUACAUAGAAAUAUUAGCUGAAUUGUCCCCAUUGCUAGGUGACAUGAAUAACACUGUCUCAACCAAAGACACCCCUUCUAAUACAACUCUUACCGAAUUUGUAAAAACCAUGAAUAAUUUCAUUCAAAAGGAUACAUUGAUGAUUUGGGACAAGUUACCUACACCUCGCAGGCGAACUCAUCUUACAAAACUCAUGCACACCGCUGAGCAGGCUAUCUUGAGGAUAACUCAGAACUUCCAAAAGACCACACAGUUUGAUGCUAAUUCAAGUGAUGUAGCUCUCAAAGUUUUCUUCCUUGACCCAAACCACAUCACACAUAUCCAUCCUCAUAUGAAAGUCAAUGGAGAUUAUAUAAAUAUAUUUCCAAAGAGAAGAGCUUCAUAUGACUCAGAUGGCAAUGUUGCAGUGGCAUUUUUAUAUUAUAAGAGCAUUGGUCCCUUGCUUUCAUCAUCUGACAACUUCUUUUUGGAACCUAAAAAUUAUGAUAAUUCUGAAGAGGAAGAAAAAAUCAUCUCUUCAGUAAUUUCAGUCUCCAUCAGCUCAAACCCAUCCACAUUGUAUGAACUUGAAAAAAUAACAUUUACAUUAAGUCACCUUAAGACCACAGGUAGGUACAGGAGUCUAUGUGCCUUUUGGAAAUACUCGCCUGAUACCAUGAAUGGCAGCUGGUCUUCAGAGGGCUGUGAACUGACAUACUCCAAUGAGACCCACACCUCUUGCCGUUGUAAUCACCUGACACAUUUUGCAAUUUUGAUGUCGUCUGGUCAUUCCAUUGGCAUUAAAGAUUAUAAUAUUCUUACAAGGAUCACUCAGCUCGGAAUAAUCAUUUCACUGAUUUGUCUUGCCAUCUGCAUUUUUACCUUCUGGUUCUUCAGUGAAAUUCAAAGCACUAGGACGACAAUUCACAAAAAUCUCUGUUGUAGCCUCUUUCUUGCUGAACUUGUUUUUCUUGUUGGGAUCAAUACAAAUACCAAUAAGCUCUUCUGCUCAAUCAUUGCUGGGCUGCUACACUACUUCUUUUUAGCUGCCUUUGCGUGGAUGUGCAUUGAAGGCAUACACCUCUAUCUCAUCGUGGUGGGAGUCAUCUACAACAAGGGAUUUUUGCAUAAGAAUUUUUAUAUCUUUGGCUAUCUCAGCCCAGCUGUGGUGGUUGGAUUUUCAGCAGCAUUAGGAUACAGAUAUUAUGGCACCACCAAAGUAUGUUGGCUUAGCACCGAAAACAACUUUAUUUGGAGUUUUAUUGGACCAGCAUGUCUAAUCAUUCUUGUUAAUCUCUUGGCUUUUGGAGUUAUCAUAUAUAAAGUUUUCCGUCACACUGCAGGAUCGAAACCAGGAGUUAGUUGCUAUGAGAACAUAAGGUCUUGUGCAAGAGGAGCCCUCGCUCUCCUGUUCCUUCUGGGCACCACCUGGAUCUUUGGGGUCCUCCACGUGGUGCACCCCUCCGUGGUGACAGCUUACCUCUUCACAGUCAGCAAUGCCUUCCAAGGGAUGUUCAUUUUCUUAUUCCUGUGUGUUCUAUCUAGAAAGAUUCAGGAAGAGUAUUAUAGACUGUUCAAAAAUGUCCCUUGUUGCUUUGGAUGCUUGAGGUAAACACGGAGCUCAACGGAUAAUCAUGGGUGCACAAAAGCCAAAAGACUCAAGCCGUGGAUGAUCAAUGUACAAAACUGACUCAAUCUAAUCAUUCAGCUCUCAAUUACCCGAUAAUCAAAUACUAGAAAUCAGUUUUUCUGUUUACAGCAUGGGAACUGUAGAUAAUAAGAGGUGAGAUUGUGCCCCGUCUACCAGUAGUACACUUUCCUACAUGGCUAUGUCAAAAAUAGUAUUGCAGAUAUUUGGAAAGUAAUUGGUUUCUCAGGAGUGAUAUCACUGCACCCAAGGAAAGAUUUUCUUUCUAACACAAGAAAUAUGUGUUAUAGCUUUCAUGUGAAAACCCUAAAUUAGUUUCAUAGUAGGGCUGGUGGGAUUACACCAGGGGUGCAUCUUACAAGGGUAUAUGUGAAACUUGGUAAAUGGUCUGUAAAACUAGUGAAUGAUGCCCCAUGAUCAUAUCAAUGUACACAGCUAAGACUUAAUAAAAAAAAAAUAAAAUAAAAUAAAAAGAAAUAUGUGAACGUCCUGAAGGAAACCACUGGCUUGAUAUUUCUGUGACUCAUGUUGCCUCUGAAACUAGUCCCCUACCACCUUGGUAAUGAGCUCUGUUAUAGAAAGUGGAACAGGAGAGAGCAAAGGGGCUGAAUAUGAAACAGCGGAAAGGGAGAGGCUGUGGGAACAAGGAGAUGUAUUUUCAAUGAACUUGCUUUUCUGUCAACUAGAUGAGAAACUGUUGAGACUGGAAUAAAGAAUUGAAAAAACAUUUUAGCAUUUUGUGAAUUGUUCUAAACUUAAAUUUGUACUACUUAGACCUUCGUUUGCUAUAUCCAUUUCCUUUUUCAAUAUUCUAGAACAAAACUCCACCAAUUAAAAAAUACUAUCUGUUUUUAAGUGAAUGUUAGAGCUAAGCUUAUCCUGUUUCUAUACAUACGUCGCAGAUUUUGGUUUCAGAUAUUUAAUCAGUAAAAUAUUGUGUGUCGAGUUCUCACCGAAUGUGCGCAAUAUAAGGGUAUAUAGCACACCCCCUGGGUGAAGCGCUCCACUACAGCUUGAACUUUACCUUGGAAACAAAAACAGUGGGACCCAAACAUUUGUACCCACU